AUGACGAACUCAUAUCAGUCCCAGGCCCUGACGGGUUUCCUCGAUUCAAUGCAGCAAGACACUGCCUCGGCUUAUUCCCUGUUUGGCCCAACCUCAUAUCCUGAGAGUGUGGCAUUUUGGCACGAUCCUUCCGCUCCGACAAUGGCUGUGGCCCCUUCGUACACUUCCCAGAAAGCAUCCCUGCUCAGCCCACUCGACCAGAAGAAACACAAGCGCACGCGAAGCGGCUGCUUCACGUGUCGCGCACGCCGGAUCAAAUGCGACGAGACCCGUCCGCUCUGUGAACGGUGUCGAAAAGGCUCGCGCGAAUGUAUCUAUCCCUCCCCAGCCUCGUCAUCCUCGUCAUCCAAGGGUAGCGUGCGGACUACAGGCAAGCCGCGGGCAGGUCGUCCCCCAUCACAAGGAAGCGACUCGUCUGGAAGAUACGAGAUCGAGUCUAUCAGCCCACUGGACCCCAUCAUCGACGAAGAGGAGGAGCCCGACAGUGCCGCAUCUGAAUCGCGACCGUCACCACCCGCAACCACAAGGCCGGACUUGCAUAAGAGCCAAAGCUCGCAGUCCCUCCGAAGGCGCAGUAUCAAACACGCGGAUGUCCCGUCGUUCAUCAAAGAACAGAGUAGUUCACCGUCAACUGAGUCGUCGCGCUUUGAGUCGAUGAGCGUGCGCUCAGGUAGCAUUGGACAUUCCACAGCUGAAAUGAUCAGCAAUGCGCGCCUUCCAGACGAUCUGCGAUUUUAUUUAAAUUUCCACUUGGAGUUCUUGACUACGCCUCAUUUUUUCUUGAGGCAGAGUUGCUUCCGCUUCAUUCAACACAAUCUGAUUGAGUUUGCGUUGCAGUAUGAGCCUCUUCUCUAUGCCCUGGUGGGCUUCUCGGCCUACCAUCAUACCUUGCAGAGCCCCGGGGGAAACUCCUUGAUUCUGCUUCGGAAAUCCCUGGGCUCGGGGGAAGAACACAGCGAGGCGACACUGUGCACUGUUCUUGUCCUGACAACCUUCGAGGAGUACAUCGGCGACUGGAUGAAUUUAAUCGACCACCACCGAGCGGCACAUGCAUUGAUGCUAGAACUAUUGACACCGGAGUCCGCCAACAUGAAUGAGCUACAUACAAACAUCUUCUUAUGGUAUGCCCGCUUCGACGUGGUCGUUGGGAUCCUGGCCGGCACUGAAACAGUGCUGAGUCGAGAUUGGUAUAUCUUAAAGGAGCAAUACGACUCGGACCAAGCCGCCAUCUACCCUGACGACCCAUCAAAACAACUUGCCCUUGUGGCAUCGAUCAACAGACGCUUCGGUCUUGACAUGGCCUCACUGUAUGCCAAACUGUCCCGCGGCAUGAUCUCGAUGGAACAGUUCGCUGCACAAAAUGACCAGCUGGGUCUGAUGAUAGAGCACGCCAAAGCGAUACUGCAUACAUUUGACGACUAUGGAUAUAAAGUGCAGGAAUUCCCGCACCAGCUUCCCCUGACCGAAGAUGACGUUACGGAUCCAUACGUUCCUGGAGGUCUGCACCGGGGCCCCUUGUGGGACUUCAACUAUGCCUGGAUUGACAUCCUCUCUACCGAGACGAUGUACCGAUACCAGGCUAUGCUGGUCUUGGGCCAAAAUCAAUUGCCAGAUCUCCAAGAAUUAGCCGAAGAGCAGUGCCGCUUGAUCGAGACGAUGGACCGUUGGCCACACAAGGAGAACGGGUAUUGCAUCAUGUUCAAGAACAGCAUUGGAAUUGCCAGCAUGUUCCUUCCAAAGGAGCACAAAUAUCAAAUGUGGUCGCGGCGGAAGAUGGCGUUGAUGGAGCAAAAUGGAUACAUCAUGGCCCCUCGAUUCCGAACCGCUCUCGCUACCAUUUGGCAAGCACCCGACCUCGAACAUUGGUGGCUUCCAAACGAGGAAGGAUACACAGAUAUCAUUCGCGAAAUUCGUGCUUUGACUGCCGAACGUUUGAGCCAGCCUAGGGAUGAGCUCCGUGAAAAUGUUCGUGACAUGAAGUAUAUGUUCCGGGGAAUGAAUUUGGACGGCCGUGAAGAUGAAAGCCCUUCCAGUUCAAAGAGCAAUCAUGCAUGA